GGGGGGGGGGGGGAACAUGUCCCCCCGCCCCCCCAAAAAAUUACGUCCAUGUUUACAUUGCUUUCAAGUUCCUGUUUGGCCUGACCAGAACGGCUGAGUUUGACACGUUCUGGAAGUUUAGCACACACACACACAAAAAAAAAAGAUGCAUUAAGCUCAGCAGUUCAGAUAGGGCCCCAAAAGAACUCAAACAUGAAAGUAGUGUGAAACAUACAGAAACUUUCAAAAUAAAGGUCACGUGCAGAUUUCUAGUUGUUUAAUUAGUAAAAAACAAGUAUUUAACUACCUGUGAAACCUCCAUAGCCCAGGUAAAAAGAACAGAAAAAACCACAGACCUUUUUGGAUACAUGCUGUCAUCUAUGUCCUCAAUUGUUGUUGGAACUACAAAAAUCACGCAUGGUUCUCCAGUCAUCACAUGCCCCCACGUGACCGGCUUCGUGGAAUGCUUUCGCUGCAGUUUCACAUCUGACUUACUCCCUCCAUGAAGGGACCUCGCGGGCAAACAUGUCUUUUACAUUAACCACUAUUCACACACACACUUGAGAUUACUAUCUUAACAUGUCUUACGUCUCUAGGUGGAUUGUCUGAGAUGGCCAGAAGACCAGCCCUGUCCACCUCCACAGGUGAAGAACUUUACAUGGAGGGAAUCAUGGAUGAUUUCACACUUUUGGAUAUUGUUUAUGCAAAUCAGUUUGAAGGAGAUAUCCUAGACCAAGACAUUAUGGAGGAGACAGAAGCAAACUUUUACAGAGGCGCUCCACCUGAAUGGUUAAAUUUCCACAUAAAUGAACUUCGUUCGUCUCCGUUCAUCAAAAGAGAUGGCUACGGCAGAUUGGUUCAAUGGAUUUAUAAAAGGACAAAAGGUCCUGGAACGUCAAUGGUUAAACUUUUUCACCAACAAGGAAGUGGGGGAACCACGCUGGCCAUGCAGGUGUUGUGGGACAUGAGAAAAACCUUCAGAUGUGCCGUUUUGACCGGUUCUACCUUGGAGACAACAAAGAUUGCCAAGGAGGUGGUCCACCUUUUCACAGGAGGCAGCGAACAUGAUCACAACACCGUGCUGCUGUUACUAAACGAUGAGUUUAUUUUAGAUAACCUGCAAGACUGCAUAAUGGCAGAGAUCACUGAGCAGGAAGUAGUUGCUGAUACGCCCAUAGUCAUUUUAUUCAACUGUGUUAGAAACGACUAUGUUGUCCUCCAAAAAGAACGGUCUUACAAAGAAAAGGUGGAAUUCAAAGAUAAACAAGACGUGAUCCUUAAAACAACUCUUUCAGACUCCGAAAAGGAGCAGUUUGAGGCCAAAAAGGAGGACCUUAGCAGAAGGUAUGGCGAUAAAACCAAACAGUUCCAUGGUUUCAACAUACUUCAGACUGAUUUCUCACGGGAUUAUAUCCAGGAGGUGUGUGCCAUAUUUGAAAAGACAGAAAGAAGAAACAAGCCCCUGAAGAUGCAGCUUGUUGCUUUCCUGUCCCUGCUGAAUGCUUAUGUACCGGGCUCCUAUCUUCUGGAGUCUGAUUGCCUGCAGUUCCUGAGACGGGACAAAUCGGUUCGCGGUGACCUGUCGCUGGCAGACUUGAUGCAGCCCUUUAGUCAUCUCAUCCUCUCUUACAAACAUGAAAAAAGACGUGAGAAAAAAAUCCAGAUGGCUCACCCAAUGAUAGCCAAAUGUUGUACUAAACUGUUAACUAAAGCAGAGGUGACCAGAAGGGAUAAGGCAAGAAACUUCUUGAUCAGCUUUUGCAAAGGGGAUGUUUCUACAUAUUUGCUUGGAUUCAUCAAAGACCUGCUGACAAAACGAAACAAGAAGAAGACUAAAAUGGAGGAAAACACAGAAAAGCCUGGUGUUAGGCUUCAGAAAGAAGAUGAGGAUGUUGAGAAGUAUUCCAGGCUGAUUUUAGACAUUACCAAGAAGGAAGACAAAAAGGAGAGUGCAUCAGUUCUAAAGGUUGCAUCAAACAAAUUUGUAACAAACCCGUGCUUCCCCCAGGCUCUUGCUCGCUUUUGUUACAGAGAACUCAAAGAUUACAAGGAGGCAGAGAUGUGGGCGAAGACGGCAAAAGAACGAGAUCCCAAGAAAUCGUUUAUCGCCGAUACACUAGGCCAAGUUCACAAGAACCAUCUAAAGAACAAAGAGUCUUCCACUGACACAAAAGCACUUUUACUGCUGGCCCAGAAGGCCAUUGAGGCCUUUGAAGAAGAAGAGCGACUUGCUGAAGAAGAACAUAAGAAAAGUUUGAUAGAGGAAGAGAAAUCCAAAGUCCUGCGUGAGUUAAACAACAGAGGACACUUUGGUUUCCUUCAAGUGUGCAGCAUUCUGUUUGAUCGACUUAGUGAAGACAAAACCUGGAGAAGAGUUCUCACAAACAACAUAACCAUGGGCUCGGCCCUAAAAUUGCUUGGAGACAAUAAACUUUUUAGGUUUAGUAACUUUGUAGACAGUCUAAGAGAGAAAGUUGAAAAGAAAUUUGAAUUUUUUGAUACCUUUCUCGCUUAUUCUGUGUCCAUCACGAGAAAAGACAAGGCGUACGUUUCUUGGGAGGCAGCACAAAGCUACAAAAAGUACAUUGGAGAGUCGGGACCCAAAGACAAAGACAAAUUUGAAAAAAACACCCAGAGCCUGAAACAAAAACUAGCUGUCACCUCCGCUGGAGUCCUCUCGUGUCUAGACAGAAGAUGCACCUUAUCAGAUGUUCAACACAUUGUGAAGUGUUGGGAGGAAAUGUGUCAAAGCAAAGAUUCUGCUUUUGUCAACUUCAUCCUGGCUAAGAUCGUGCUUUCAAACAAAAUCAACACUCCACCGAGUUCUGGCCAUCAACACACACUGAGACAAAUGAAACCACCAUGCCCUGUAGAAUAUCACAUGCUAAACCUCCUUCUGUUCUGGCCCACAGAAGACGAGGACAAACCUAAAUCUGACCUCAACAUACUAACCGAACGUGUUAGGCAUGCUUAUGAAGGGGAAUAUGGGACGGUCUUUCGAUCAAGAUACCUUCGACCUUUAUUUUUUAUUGGACCAGGCAAAAGCUUGACCAGAUUUGUCCACCGACGGACCCUUGAGAUUGUGUUUACUAAAGAUGCACUAAUAGAAUCAAACACUAACUGGAGAAGCGAGAACAUUUUCAAGGAUCCCAUCGUUCAAGAGCGCCUUAUCAAAAUCGAAGGAGUUGUACGACACUACCGAGUGUAUGCAACAUUCAGAGGCACAGAGGUCGAGGUAGAAGCCAACAGAAAAGACAGCCUCUGGAAGUCAGGUGAUGUCACCUUUUACCUUGGAAUAACCAUUAAAGGUCCGGUGGCCUUCAGCAUUCAGAGGAGACUAACAAUCGCUGAGGGUAAGAAAAACAACUGCUCAUUUAAAAUCACAACACAAACUAAUUAAUGUGAAUUCUGUGAAAUUGCUUCAAAUAUUUAAAUAGCACUUUAUGAUACACUCACUGGCCUGUUUAUUAGGUACACCUUGCUCAUACUGUUGGACCCACUUUACCUUCAGAUAUUCCGUAAUUCCUAAUGUCACAGAUUCAAGGAGGUGUAGGAAAUUCCUCAGAGGUUCUGGUCUUUCUCAACAUAGCAUCACACAAUUCCAUCUAUCACGUGAAUGGUAAAAUGGUAAAUGGUCUGUGUUGAAAAAAGAUUUUUGAUUCCUCCAGACCUGUAGUCUGGCAAGCCAGACUAAAUAAAUGUAUUAUUUAGUCUGGCCACGCUCCACUGACGGCUCUCGGUUGUGGGGCGGGUUCUACCGUUGUCUUUCAAAUGAUCUCCGCAUUCCACUGGACAAUGAA